CAAACGUUGGCACAAGUGCAUCGCAACCGACGGAGACUACUUUGAAGGGAGCCAUUGAAUUUUGAAGCUGAAACUAGUAUCUACAACGAAAACGUUUUUCGAAGAAGAACAGAUGUUUGAAUCCUCCACGCACGGCUCGUCGUGUAGAAAAUUUCAUACAGGAAUGUCAGGAAGACGUUAAGAAUAAACUAAUUAACGAGGCCUAUCAAAUGCUUAAGGAGGAGGUAUACAAAGAUUAUCAGCCGUUAGAUGCUAACGACGACAAUAUACACUUGAUGAGAGAUCCUCCGACUAGCGUGCCAGACUCGGCGGCAUUUCAGGGCACAGGGUCGGGAUCCUCUGCUCAGUCAGCUGCUUCAGCUUCUUCGCUUACCACUGCGGAAGGUUUUGAUUUGCCGUUGGGCUAUGACAGUUAUCAGGUUAAACCAUCCAAACGACGACUAACGCGCUUAAUGCAUAGUAUUCGUCGCAUUACAUAUGACCCGCCCAACAACAUCUAUCACCCCACUUUGGUGCCCUUCGAAGAUAAACGGAUAGCGGGCUGCCUGCUACACUGUGUCUACGCUAAAAACAAUGCAAUCGACAAGCUCGGCUGGCCUACACUAGACGGCCUAGUGGACUUUUAUUCGGAGGGAGUGAACGAGCAUGGCUUUUUCAUGGCCACUCUGCGUUCUGUAAACCUUUGCCUACGUGCAGUUACCAUUAAGUAUCGUAUUAAUCGUCACAAGCUGCCGGAGCGGGGUGAAAGCUGUGAUUUAGCUUUCGACGUCUUCGACUGCAUUUCAGACCAAAUAACGGGUUAUUGCUUGGAUCAAUAUAAGUAAUAAUUUUAUAUCGCUAAAAAGGAAUCCUUUCUUUAAGUUUUCUUGUUUUAUAUAUACACUAGCAAACCCGGCCCCCUUCGCUGGGCACAC